UCUGUGAAUUGUAUUUGUAAGCUGAAACUAGUAGUGGUGUAGUGAAAGUGGAAAGGUAUGAUCUGAGACCAAGCCUGGUUUGAAUAAAAAUAGCGCGUGCCGUGCACUGUCUGCUCUUGCCACGCAGCCAUAGUCAACGUUUGUAAAAUCCUUCAACCACCGCGUAGACCUACGUUCUUCAGCAGUACAACAUUGACGAACGCUGUAAGCUGGAGUGGAGAUAGCCGCUUAGUCAGCAACAAGCCGGACUAGCACUGUUUGCCGUAUCAACUCCUGGAAGAGUGUGGCGAUGGCCGAGCCCGAUUUCCCCACCUUGAAUCCAUACGCCAACAUUGCUGGCAGCCUAUCUCCGUAUCGCAUUGACCCAUCCGUUUUGAAAGAGGAGUCAGAGUAUAUCUUGCCCUUUGGAUCAGAUGGCAAGCGAGGCCACUCAGAAAAACUUCUAUGGGCUACAGGUUCAAGCUAUCUAUCGGGCCUAUGUGUUGGCUCAACUUGGGGUAUAGUUGAAGGCAUCCAUCGAUCAGGGGAAAUGACAGCAAAGUUACGUGCUAACAGCGUACUCAACGGUAUUGGCAGAAGAGGUCCACUCGUGGCAAAUAACAUUGGAGUUGCCGUAUUGCUCUAUAGGCUGAUCGACUCAUCCAUUAUCAAGGCAAGGGGCAGCACAGAUGACGCCUACAACCAGAUUGGCAGUGGGGCGCUAGCAGGGAUAGCAUUCCGAAGCACCGCCGGUCCAAGAGCGAUACUUGUCGGGGGCACGCUGGGGCUUGCAAUUGCAGCCACCUCUUUUGUGAUAAGUAACCGCUUCAUGAGCUAACUGCAUUGUGGUGGUACCAGUGCAACUUGAGAGCCUACAGCACUGUAUCAGAGAUGAUAUUUUGUUGGCAAAUACAACGCUGCAUACUAGUUCUGGUUUUUUUUUAUUGAACUCCUGUAUUCCUACUCUCAGUGAGUCAUUUGGUGCAUCUGCUUUCUUAUUCGCCUGCAAUCACACAAAAAUUUUGGCCCCUUGAGAUCUGGUCUGGGGCUUAUACGCCAGUGUUAGAAUUUAAGUUGGCAGCACGUGUGUAUAAUAUAAGUACUUCAUUGCCUGGGUUUUGGGUGCAGAUUACACGUCUUCUCACUUCCCAAGCCAGGUACCUUCUCAAUUGUUGUUCUGAACGUCUUUGCUAUGCGGCUCUGAGACACCCAUUGCCAUUAUGCUGCACUAUAUGGCAGGCAUCAGCGGAGUACCCUCGGUGUACUGGUAACUUCCAGUAGAAUCUGCUUUGUUUGCUUCAUUUGGCUCCUCCUCUAAAUUAUUGAAGCAUGCCUGCUUGGGCUUAUUAGUGCUUCUGAUUAUAUUAGUACUAGCUCUGCUCCCAUGGCCUUGCGCAGAGAGUCAUGAAAAUAACAUUGUGUCGUAGAGGAAAUCUCGUUUCUAUGAUUACUGUAGCAUUGUAUGCCUGUAUACCGUAUUUUCCCUAGUAAACGUACAUGUCUCCAAUA